AUUUGUCUUGCAGGCCGUCAGACCGGCUGAGCUACCACACCACCAUCAAGCACUGGGUCAAGAUCAAAGCAGCAAAAAUGGACAUUCACCGCUGCCGCUUUGUGCCCUACCCGCCCUCGGCCAUCAAUGCUGUCGCAUUCUCCUAUUCCCACGUUACGAAGGCGCAGGGCAAUAAAGUCCCUGUACGCCUAGCCAUCGGUCGAGCGAAUGGCGACAUCGAGAUCUGGAACCCUUCCAACGGAAUAUGGCAUCAGGAGAAGAUACUUCAUGGCGGAAAGGACAGGAGCAUUGACGGACUGGUCUGGGUCACCGAGCCUGACCAGGUCGCUGGCAAAGAGAAGGUCAUUGGGAAGUCGAGGUUGUUCAGCAUUGGGUACACCAGCACCGUCACUGAGUGGGAUCUCGAGAAGGGCCGCCCAAAGAAACAAGCCAGUGGCUCCCAUAGCGAUAUAUGGUGUCUUGGAACCCAGCCGUUUGUCACCACCACGAAAGAUGGCCAGACGGGUGUCAUCCAGACCGGCAAGAAGCUCGUCGCCGGCACCAUGGACGGCAGCCUUGUUCUAUACUCCAUCGACGAUGACGAUUUAGUUUUUGACCGAGUGCUGGUGAAAUCUUCCUCCAGGAAGACAAAAAUGGUCAGCAUCGCCUUCCAGAAUCGCAACAUUGUGGUUGUGGGGUGUUCCGACAGUGCGAUCCGUGUAUACGAUAUGCGCAACGGCUCCAUGAUACGCAAGAUGACUCUGGGGUCUGACCUCGCAGGAGGUGCCAAGGAAAUCAUUGUGUGGUCCGUCAAGUGCCUGAAUGGUCGUGACAUUGUAUCUGGCGACAGCACCGGUCAAGUUUGUAUCUGGGAUGGCAAGACAUACACUCAGGCCCAGAGACUCCAGAGCCACAAACAGGACGUUUUGUCUCUAGCGACGAGUGUAGAUGGUUUAACGAUAGUUAGCGGAGGGAUGGACCGGAGGACAGUGCUCUACCGAAAAACGAGCGGAUCUAGAUGGAGCAAGGUCUGGCACAGGAGGUACCACAGCCAUGACGUUAAAACUCUAGCCUCUUUCGAGGGCUUGGGUAUCAGUGUCGUUGUCUCAGGAGGUCCUGAUGCGAACCCCAUCGUCAUGCCCUUACGCGAAGCCGGAAUGGAGAAUCACCGAAGAUUAUCACAACUGCCCCAAAGCCCGCCCCUGCAAAGCGCUCCCGGAGCCAGGCUCGUCGUUAGCUGGUGGGAUCGUGAAGUUCACAUCUGGCGACUGCGGAAACCUCUGAGAGACAUAGUAAAUUUCAACGAGGUGGAUUCUGACGUGAGCAAGAAUCGCAAGCUCUUGGCACGGAUCCUGGUUAAGGGGGAAGCCAACAUCACAUCCGCUACCAUCAGUGACGAUGGCUCGCUGCUGGUUGUAGCUACAACCUCGGACAUUAAGGCCUUUCAUUUACGAUCUCGCGACGACGUUAAGAGGGACGAGCUUAAAAUAUCGAAAGUCGACGUCCCGCCAAAGAUAGCAGCUUUAGGCGCUACGAAUCUCAAAAUGUCGCCAGAUGGGCUGUGGUUUUGUGUGAUCCAGGAGAGUAGUAAGAUCACUCUCCUUCGCAUAUUGCAAGAUGCCGAUGCAGACAGCAAGCCAGCAAUUCACCCCAGACCGGCCAAACUGAAACGGCUUGAGCGUGGCGUUCCCAAACGCAUUGCAUUUGGGGGACUUGGGCAUUAUGACAGAAGCAUCACUCAGGUUACUUUCUCUCCCGAUACCAAGAUGCUGGCCGUGGCUGACAUGGCUGGAUAUAUUGACACGUGGGUUCUUCGCAACUCCGAACAUACUCUUCAAGAGGGUACAGACGCCCAACCAGAGGACGACGCAACUUCAUCGUCCGGUGAGAGUGAUAGUUCUGCAGACAGCAGUGACAUGACCGAUAGCAACUCGUUCGGCUUAGUCUGGACUCCAAAUCCGAAUGGUUCGCUCGUACCGAAACUGUACGAUGCACCCACCAUAUUGUCCUUCUCCAGUCACAUCCCGGCCGGGACGUCGCCCGCGACUCGGAAUGAUGUUGAAGAUAAGGUUGAUGACUAUGUUCUUCUUACAGUCACGGCAAAGCAACAGGUCCUUACACUACACCCAACUGUGGGUAGGCUCACACCCUGGUCACGGCGGAACCCUGUCGCAAGGUUCCCUGCCGAGUUCCGGAACAUCCGCGAUCUGGUCAAAGGUGCUCUUUGGUCUGGUACCAGGGUUUGGCUUUACGGCACCAGCUUCCUUCUGAUGAUUGAUACGUCGUUGGAUAUCGCGGGCAAUGACCCUACCGAUCCUUCGUCCGCCAUGGUCUCAGUCAACGGUCGCCCCGGCCAGAAACGCAAGCGCGGCGUUGACACUGGUGCUGGCAACAGGAUGGAAAUUGGCACCGCCGGGCCUAGGAGAGUUGAGCGACAUGUCGAAGGAGAAGCGGCUCAAGAAAUAGAUUUCGACCUGCCAGCCCCAGAUCCGAUGGAUACAGAUGAGCCAAGCCAGCCCGAAGAUGAGAGCGAAAGUGAGGAUUCCGAGGAUGAGCGUCGUGGUGAAUUGGCACUACGACGCCAGCGUGAAGGACCUCAAGGUUACAAGGGCCAUGCGAUCGGCUUUUGGCACACGUACAAGUACCGACCAAUUCUUGGUAUCGUUCGUCUGGAAGGUGUGAAGGAUGAACAGGCGAAUGAAGAUGACGCAGCAUCUUACCUCAAUGGGCAAGGAAAACAGUCAUUGGAAGUGGCUCUGGUGGAAAGGCCACUGUGGGAAGUGGACAUGGCGGAGAGGUAUGUAGCAGAAGUGGAGUCGGAGCGGUAAUGUCGUGGUCCAUACCUAGCAUUGGACAUGGCAGUUGUAUAAGAACUCGAACGUAAUUGUACAGGCAGACGACAUGUCGGAUCCUAUUAAGGAGCCCUCAGAUACCAAUUCGUAUACAUCAUUCUG